GAACCCCGGCGCGCGGCGCGGGCAGCCGGCCGGGUCGCGGGACGCGCCGGCCGCCGGCACCAUGAGCGCCAAGCAGGUGACGUGCAGGUACUACAUGCAAGGAGUGUGUCGGGAGGGGAACAAGUGUCUGUUCUCACAUGAUCUGUCCACGAGCAAGUCGUCCACUGUGUGCAAGUAUUACCAGAAGGGACAGUGUGCCUACGGAACGCGGUGCAGGUACGAUCACGUCCGGCUGCCGGCGCCGGGGGCAGCAGCAGCAGCAGCAGCAGCGGCCGCGCCGCCCCCAUCAGCGCCCGCCGCCCCCCGCGGGGCCCGGCCCGACGGCGGCCGCAGGGAGAGGAGGACGCUGGUGCUCAGGGACAGGGACCUGUGUGGCUCGGCUGAGGACAAGCAGAAGGCGGCUGCCCCCGGCGAGGGGCCGUGCAGCAGCGGGCAGGGCGAGGAGCCGGAGCUGAAGCCGCACUCGUACCUGGAGGCCAUCUGCAGCGGGCUGGGCGAGGCGGCGGCGGCGGGCGGCGCGGCCGGCCCCGGCGAGCAGCUCUGUCCCUACGCCGCCGCUGGCCACUGCCACUUCGGGCCCCGCUGCCUCUACCUGCACGGGCUGCCCUGCGACAUCUGCGGCCUGCGCCUCCUGCACCCCUUCGACCCCCAGCAGCGCAAGGCCCACGAGACGAGGUGCAUGGCGGCGUUUGAGCACGAGAUGGAGAAGGCCUUUGCCUUUCAGGCCAGCCAGGACAAGGUGUGCAGCAUCUGCAUGGAGGUGGUGUACGAGAAGCCAUCGGCCUCGGAGAGGAGGUUUGGGAUCCUCUCCAACUGCAACCACACCUACUGCCUGUCCUGCAUCCGGCAGUGGAGGUGUGCCAAGCAGUUUGAGAAUCCCAUCAUCAAGUCCUGCCCCGAGUGCCGGGUGAUUUCCGAGUUUGUCAUCCCCAGUGCCUACUGGGUGGAAGACCAGGAGAAGAAAAACGAGCUGAUUGAAGCGUUUAAGCAGGGAGUGGGGAAAAAGCCCUGCAAGUACUUUGAACAAGGGAAAGGAACUUGCCCCUUUGGAGGGAAGUGUCUGUACCUUCAUGCUUACCCCGACGGGACACGGGCAGAGCCGGAGAAGCCCAGGAAGCAGCUGAGCUCCGAGGGGACCGUGCGGUUCCUCAGCUCUGUUCGUCUGUGGGACUUCAUUGAGGACAGAGAAAACCGGACAGUGAGCAGCACAGAGGAGGAAGUAGCAGAACUUGGAGAACUGUUCAUGCACCUUUCUGGGGCUGACGAGGACUCUGCCCCCUCUCACUGAAGAGCAGCCUGAUGCUCUCUGCAGCACCCAUGCUAUUUAUUUAGCAAGGCUUUUACUCUCUACAGCACACUUAGAAUGAACGUGCCCUGUGGUUUUCCUUGUGCAGUCCUGGUAAAGUUUUCAGAUAGUUAUUUUGUAUGGCAACACAAACCCUGAAAUAUAUGGAGAAAAAGUGCAGUUGAUUGCAUGGAAAAACCCCCUGAAUUGCAAGGGGAGGCUUUCCUCCCUCUCUGGCCUAACAGCCACUGUCUUGUGACCUGAGUGGUAGUGUCAGUACAGCUCCUCUUUACCAUUUAAAGCUUAAGAUGUUGAAAACUGUUGCUAAAUCUAUUUUGGGUGCUUCCCCCCAUUCCCAAUCAACUAAACAUGUAGCUACAACACCCCAGUGGGAAUAAGUGUAGCUUAAAGAGGAAGUUGACUUCAGAACUUACACAUUAUACCUCAACCUAGGAGCUGGCUGGUGCCUGUAGCCUUGCAGGAGCCUGCCUGGCUCAGAGCUGAGGGCCUGAGACACCACAGUGCUGGCUGCUGCGUUCAGCCAGGCACAGCACGCUGGAGGCCCAGCACCCCCCUGCCCUACCCUUACAGCACAGCCUGCACGGGGGAAACUGCCAUCAGAGUCCCUUGCAGUAGUCAUUGCAACAGUUACAGUGACAUUUCUGUUCAGUUGAAUGAGUUGAAAUGUGUUGAACUGGAAGGGAAACCUUGAGCCACUCAAAUGAAGAAGCUCAAGAGCGUCCUGGCCACCUCACGGCAGGGACCUGGCAGCGUGCAGCUGGACAGCAGAACUGAUUUGGGCUGUAAAACAGCUUUCACUGCUGCUUUGCAUUAACUUUGCAGCUCCACUCGAAAUUCAGGCUGGCCACAAGUGGAGAGGCUGCUGAAUUCCAGACCCUGAGGACAAGCAGAGCUCUCUCCCGUGCCCUCAGCCUUACCCUGGGCAGAGGGCCGCUUCCAGCCCUGAGGCCAAGCCUGAAAGGCCCCGGCUCUGCUCGAAGCCUCCAGCAGGCCAGAGAGCUCCAUCCUUGGGGGACAGACAUGAAAGCAAAGCAGAGGCAGGUGUGCAAAACCCCUCAGGUCAGCUCUCAUGGGUGAAAAGCAGGGCCUGGGUCGCUGUCACAAAGCAAAGAGCAGAACCUUAACCAGUUUUAACUCACCAAGAGCCAGCUUGAAGUGGCAGCGACUGGGUGACUCCAGGACUCUCCACUGCUGGUUGGCAUUUCUGGGCCAAAACCAAAGCUGACAAGGCUGGUUCCUCUGAGGGUUCCAGCAGAUGAGGGAGAGCAGCUCCUUCCCUCGCUGCUGCAGCCUGAGCAGCCACACUCUGACCUUCAGGACAGAGCUUCUCCACACUUACCCCCUUUGAAGUUAAUUUUGCCCAGUGCUUGGUGCCACAUCAGGCCUUGGCUUGGCAGCACUCUGACCACUCCCUGGCACAUGAAGGCACCAGGGAAGAUCUCACACUGGUACCACUCCCUGCAGUAAUUCCUCAUCAGCAAUUGCAAAGGUGAAGGAAAACAGUGUCCCUGAGAGAUGCAGUGCUGCAAGGUGAAUGUUCAGGGACACUGACAGCCCUCAGCCUCCCCUCUGUUUCUAGCUGGUCUUGCACAUGUAUCUUCUUUCCAGGGAGAAAUAUCUUCAGUAACAUACCAAAACAAAGUCAAUGGAAAGGAUAUUCUUUACCUUAAACAAGACAUUCUUGAUUUACUUUGCCCCAAGAUGACACAAACCAGGUGACAGUCAUCUGAAAUUAAGAAGAUAACUCGUUUUCCAAAGCUGCAGCAACACCAACAGGAGUUUUCAGUUCAGAGCAGUAAGACAGAACCAGAGACCUUUUCAGUCCUUACCUUUGCAGCUUUCAGCUCAUCUGCCAUCAAGUGCUGUCAAAACACUCCCAAGUGUUUUAUUUCAAGAGACAACCUGUUUUAAAAAGCAGGAGCUGCAGGUUUGUUUGGAAAGGAGAGCUAAAAUAAAAGCAGCUUAUUUUUUUCCUA